CUUGGACUACUCGAAGCUGUCCUUGCAUCUUUCAAACCAUUCUCCAAGUCCUUUAAUUGUCCCAACCAAAUUCCAUUUCAUUAGCGGACGUGUCUUUGAGCUCCCUCAUCAAACCAGUCCCUCAAUAUGCCGGUCUCCCUAUACGAUAUUAGUAUCCCCGCCUUCAUUCGCGGCCUUGAAGUCCUCGACCAUGUCCUCAAGAAGGGCGAAGCCUACGCUGAGGAACAGUCCAUCUCCCCGCAAACGCUCCUGGACGCCCAUUUCGCUAAGGACAUGAGAAAUCUGAUCUACCAGAUCCAACGAGCCUCCGACACCGCUAAAGGCACCGCCCACCGCGUGGGCAAUGACGUGGCGCCCGUUAGCUUCCCCGACGAGGAGAAAACCUUCGCGGACUUGCACGAACGGAUCGUCAACACCGUGAAGUACCUCGAGGAGGUGAAGGCGAGCGCCUUCGAGGGUGUGGAGGAGAAGAUCGUCGAAGUCCCGUUCACGGAGUACAAGCUCCCGGGAGUGGCCUUCAUAUUGACAUAUGCGCUCCCGAAUUUUUACUUCCAUGUUACGACGGCGUACUUGAUCUUGAGGGACGCUGGCGUACCACUAAGGAAGAUCGAUUUUCUCCUGGGAUCCAAAGCGCCGUCCCCAGCUGCCUGAGCUGCCGACAACUCUUUGACCUCGGGGUCAUGACCCUCUUAAGCCAGGGGAUCCUUAAGGGCAUGAAAAUGGACGAUAUGCAAAAAUGCUCCUCAGUGCAGUUAACCAAAUUUAAGUCGUUGCUUGGGCUCUGACUCCCUCUUCUCAAUCGCUCAACAGUGACCUGUUAUAUGUCUUGCAAGAAUCUGGCUCUCACCGAGCUGAGUUCUGCCUAGCCGUUUCAUCUGGUCGGACA